GGGGCAUCCAUUUACUCUUUUGUAGAGGAGAAAGCUAGGGGGUUUCUGCGCGGCAGUACACCCUUUGAGUCCCUGCCACCAGGAACAAUUUCAGUUUCUCCUUGCAUAAAUAGUCGAGCGUCUCUCGAACACCUUCACAGCCACUUGCUCGCAAGUUAUCUUCAGGCUCUUAUCGCGUCAUGGUCUUCUCACAAGGACUUCGUGCUAUAUGUACUCUGGGGGUGUUGCUCGGCGGCCUUUCCGGUCGUGCAUUAGCAGCCACCAGUUGGAUCGUCCCUGGUGCGGUAUGGACGGAUACGAGCGGGACGAAGAUCGAUGCGCAUGGAGGGCAGGUUUUCCAGACCGGGACUAACUUUUACUGGGUCGGGGCUGCGUACGGAGAUAACACAUACCCGAACAUCUAUUCAUCGACGGACUUGUUGAACUGGGAGCACGAGGGCUAUGCGACUACCACUGUCCCCUGGAUGUAUCGCCCUAAAAUGUUCCAGUCGGGCGGAAACUACUACAUAUGGGGCCAAGUCAACAGAGACGUCCAGGCCCUCAAGUCCUCCACUCCCAGCGGGGGUUUCUCCGUCUACGGCUCUCCUUUCACUCUUCCACCGGACGCGAGAACUUACAGUGAUGAAGGAGUGUUUGUCGACGAUGACGGCGACGCGUAUUUCCUCACGAGUGCCGACUCUAACAAUAUUCAGGUCAACCAGAUUAACGGUGGCUCGAGCAUCUCGAUUGGAGAUCGAGUCGCUGACCUUGAGGGAAAUUACGAGGCGCCUGGAAUGCUCAAAUCUGACGGCGUCUACUACCUUAUCGUCUCCUCCAAGACAGGAUAUCGUCCAAACCCAAACAAAUCCUUCUGGUCUACCUCCCUCACCGGUUCCUGGUCCGGCCCGAGCGAUAUCGCCCCCGAAUCCACAAACACCUACAAUUCACAAAACACCAACGAGCUCAAGAUCACAGGAAGCAGCGUCACCACUUGGAUUUACAUGGGCGACGACUGGGACGCUGAUGGCACGGCUGCUGCGAACUAUGUUUGGUUACCGAUCUCGAUCGAUAGUGGGUCGCAUACGCUGACUCUGCAGGAUUACGCGUAUUGGAGGGUCGAUGUGAAUACUGGUGUCGUCACGACGUCUACUACUGGUAAACGGUACGAGGCACACGAUGGCCUCGUUAUGCGCCGUGGUUUCGAAGACUCUCCCGCAAUGUAUGCAGAGCACAAGCGGUCCCAGGCAGUCCACAACAUUGACCACGAGAGCAACGUGACUUUCACUGGAAUAGAGGGCACGGGCGAGCCUCAAUGGGUCUCCAUCCAUUACACGGUCAACAACGCUACUGCCGGAGAAGCUCACGUCCACGUAAACGGCGAGAAGAUAAAGAUCUCUGACAAGAACUCGAGGGCGGGAAAAUUUGCUACUGUUCCCGUCAACCUCAAGCUCAGGAAGGGAGCCGACAAUGUCCUCACUUUCGGAUGCGACAAGAGGAGCGAGAACGACCAUUUCGAGGCGCGUUUGGAGGGCAUCGAGGUGAUUGACGACUGAUGACGGAUGGUUCGAUGAAUGGAUGGAAAACAAAAGAAGAGGAGGCCAAUGUUUGGAGUGUGUGGCGUGGGUGUGGCCCGAUUGCUAACUUAUUUAAACUGUCGUCUUGGCGGAAUGUUGUAGGUUCUUUCUGGCAGGACUUCUCAUCGGUUUGUGUUCAUGUCAGUUACUAUGUGUAGUCAAUAAACCCUGUGAUUCGAGAAGCAAACACUCGUUUACUACUUCAGACACGACUCUGGAAA